GCCGCCCGUCUCCUGCUCUGCAGACAGCCCGAGCUCUCCAGCUUCCGACCCUGCUUUUCGCGCUGCCGCUUCAAUCAGAGUCACGUGACAAGAGAAUGUCACGUGCCACAGUGACGUCAGAAGGUCCGUUUCGUGUCUGGACUGGAGUUUAGCCGCUACCGAACUAAUAGGGAAGACCUUGUGAUAACUUCUCUGACAGGAGGAGAGAGACGAGGCAUGGCUUUGAGAAGUUGUCCGGACUGAAUGGUGAAGAUGAGGCGAAUAUCUACAUCAGAGGAGGCAUCACCUGGAGGCUCUGGAUGUGAGAGAAUGGCGUCUGCUGAUCUGAGGGCUGAGCUGGACUGCUCCAUCUGCCUGAGCCUCUAUACAGACCCCGUAUCCCUGAGAUGUGGACACAACUUCUGCCGCUCGUGUAUUGUGAGUGCGCUGGAUGCACAGGAGGCAGCUGGAGUGUAUUCCUGUCCUGACUGCAGAGCAGAAUAUCCAGAGCGUCCGGCCCUGGAGAAGAACAGGAAGCUGGAGAACAUAGUGGAGCGUUUCUUAUCUGCUCAGCCUGAUAUGGAGGAGACCGGGAUCUUCUGUACUUACUGUGACUCUCCUGUACCGGCUGUGAGGACAUGUCUGCAGUGUGAGAUCUCCAUGUGCCAUAAACAUCUCGGAGCCCAUAACAAGUCAGUGGAUCAUAUAUUAACAGAACCCACCAGAUCCUUUGGCUACAAAAAAUGUUCCCUCCACAAGAAGGUUCUGGAGUAUUACUGCCCGCAGGACGCGGUUUGUCUGUGUGUGUCCUGCUGUCUGGUCGGCGAGCACAGGGGACACCAGGUGGAACUUCUAGAUGAGGCCUCUGAUAAGAAGAAGAAAAAACUGGAGAAAUAUCUGGAUGAAGGAAACCCACAAAAAGCAAAAAUUCAGACGAAACUUCAGAAUCUGCAGUAUCGUCAGAGGAAUAUCCAGGAGAAGGCCUCUGAUAAGAGGAAGAACGUCAGGAAGUUAUUUAUGAACAUUAAGAAACAACUGAAAAUGGUAGAACAGAAAGCGCUGAGCGAGAUCUCCAGGCAGGAGGAGAAGAUUGUGUCCCAGAUAUCUGAUCUGAUCAAGAAGCUGGAAAUAGAGGAGGACGAGCUGUCCAGGAAGAUGCGUCACGUGGAGGAGAUGUGUCAUGUCACCGACCCAAUAAGACUCCUACAAGAAAGUGACAUUACAGUAUGUGGUCAUGGAGAUGAUGAGGACACAGGGGGAGAUGGUGGAAAGGCCAGGUCGGAGGAUGGUCUGGAUGAGGUUCUGAUCUCACUGACCUUACACCGAUCUAUGAGGGAUAUUGUCACCAAUGUCACAUCAGAGCUCGGGCUCCAUGUUCCAGACAUAUUGCUGGAUGAGGACACUGCUAAUAUAUAUGUGGAAAUUUCAAAAGAUCUGAAAACUGCAACAAGAAUGGAAGAAGAAGAACAUGGCAGACCAAGAUCACUACGAAGGUUCCUGUAUUGGCCCCAGGUGUUAAGCAGAUGUGGCCUCUCCUCAGGAAGACAUUACUGGGAGGUAAAGUGGAACCAGAUAGGAAGGUGUGACAUCGGAUUGUCCUAUCCCAGUAUAGAUAAGGAUGGAGAUCUGUCUGCGGCUGGUGAUAAUAAUAAAUCUUGGUGUCUGAUCUUAGAAGAUACAGAAUACUCAGUGUUACAUGACUCAGUCAGAGAAACGCUACAUUCAAAGCCAACAUGUCCAACAUUUGGGGUCUUCUUAGACUAUAAGGCCGGGCGUCUGUCCUUCUAUCAGCUGUGUGACCCCAUCAGACACUUACACACCUUCACCGCCUCCUUCACUGAACCCCUUCAUGUUCUCCUCUAUGUAGAGGAGGAAGCCUCUGUUACGAUAUUAAGCUGAGGUCAAUAAAGUCCAUGUUACUAUUUUGGAAUAUCUAUGGCAGCUUUUGGUGACCAAGUCAGGAAAUGUGGCCAUGUUGUUAAUGUUCAAAAGACGAGCAUUUAUAUAGAACCGUAAUCGGGUUGUAUAUUAUUAUUUUGAUCACAUGUUUUUCUCAUCUCGCCUUACAUCGACUAACAAAUCCUGUUUACACAAGGCGAACAUGUCGGCAAUUGAUAGUUUGAGAGCAGUUUCUCGGUACCGUGCAGUUGAUGUUUUCAGUAGCCAAUAUUUGUGAAUUGUUCCUUGAUAUUAUGAUGAUAAUUACCCAGGUAGAAGACCCUCAGCACAAUAUCAGUUAGCUGCUUCUAAAGGGCUCAUAUGCUACGACCAGCGGGUUUACUCCCAUUGUGUUAGCUUCUCCUGUAGUUUGUUUGGGGCAGUUGCUAGGCAGUGGUGUCACAGCGGAUCCAUUACUGUGGUCAGCUGACCAGUCUAACGCAGGACUUUGUGUUAGGGAAGGAGCUUCUGAUUGGAUAGCAUUUCUUUAAAUAUUUCUGGCCUCUUCUGUGAACAUGCCGGUGGUAGCUUAUAGAGUAACGAAACCUUUUUACAACUUUCUUUUGAACUGUUAAUUUAUUUUAGUAAUAUACUUUAUUAAUCAGUUAUGCUGUUUGCCUAUUUAAAUAAGGUCCCAAAGUCAUGGAUUUUAUCAUCAUUCUCUGACUUGUAUGGAUAUAACAGGGGGCCGCAGCGAACACUGCGCAGGACGGAGAUCGCUGUUCCUGCCUGUGCUCCCCUCAAGCUUGGCUUAAUUCUGGCACCGCACAUCGGUACCCUGUGCCCUGUACAGGUGUGCUAUGCCAGGAUUUAGCUGAGUGGCCCCGGUUCCUGCCUGAGCCCGCUCCGCUCAAGGCUCUCUUAUAGCACAUUUCUACUCCUGUACCGAUGUGUUAUAGAGAGCCUUGAGCUGAGUGCAAGUCCCAUUGAAUGGAAAGCGCACUGCGCAUGCGCAGCCGCCCCCAUCCAUUUGUAUGUGAGUGCUGAAUAUAGCCUGUUUCCGUAACCAUUAUAGAAGUGAAUAGAAGUGGCAGCACUUGCAAGGUUCCCCCUCCAUCACUCUGCGGGCUCCGUUCUAAGGAUAGGUGAGGGUCCUAGAUGUCUCGUCACCAUUCUCCUUCGGUUCUUGUCAUCUGUUGCUCAGUUUCUACUUCUGUUACACCAGUGUUGAUGCUUCA